AUGGAGGAGGACGGUGUCGGCCGUGGCGAGCAGGUCCCGACGGCCGCGCCGGUGCUGAGCGCCAAGAAGCUGUGGCGCAUGGUGCGCGCCGUGCACCUUGUGCUCGUCAGGGGCCUCGGCAAGCACCAGCCCAAGCUCGCGGCGCUCGGCGUGAACCUGCACCACAUGCUGUCGUCGUCCAAGCGCCAUCACAACCACCUGCCGUCGACGCGGGACCAGGAUCCGGCGUUCACGACGUACCUGGCGGCGGCGUUCUCGUGCCGGUCCAUGGACCCGGGCGCCGCGAUUUUGUCAUGGCGGAACAAGCUUAUUAGCGUCUCUGAUUUCAAUUUCCCCCCUCUCAUUUGGAUGAUGCCGUGA